CUCUGACAGCGCCAACUUGUCGAGUUGUUACUGGUAAACGCUAGAAAUGAUGAAAUAUCUAGUAAUACGUUUUGCUGACGUUUGAUUAAGAGUUAUAUAAGUGAAACUUUAGGUUUUUCAUCAGCGUUAAAUUGUGCUCACCUGGUUAAACACCGGGCUGACGUUAAAGUUUGCGGUAGCGAAAGUAACUGAACGAGGAAGCGUUUCCAACGAGUGACAGCGCUGACAGUUAUUUUCAGUAUGCGAAACAGACAGAGGGGAUCCCAGCUGGGCUUGCUGCUCCUUGCCUCCCAGGUGUUUCAAUUGGGUCUGAACAAUAUCCCUCCCAUCACUCUGGCUGUCCUGGCUCUCAAUGUGUACCUUUACCUAUUCCCUGCUGCCCCACUGUUUCAGGCCUGUGUUAGUGUGCAGCAGGCCUUCUGGUUUAAAGACUGGCGCAGACUCCUGCUGUCCCCACUGCACCAUGCAGACGACUGGCAUCUUUACUUCAACAUGGUGUCCUUCCUCUGGAAAGGUAGAAGGCUGGAGCAACGGCUGGGUGGGCCCUGGUUCCUUUACCUGCUCUCAGUGUUCUCUCUGCUUACUGGACUGGUCUAUCUAGUGUUGGAGGCGUUGCUAACAAAGCUCAUGCAGGACCAGUCGUACAGCAUGGCGUGUGCUGUUGGCUUCUCAGGUGUCCUGUUUGCUUUGAAGGUACUCAAUAACCAUUACUACCCCGGAACUGUGACCUAUGUGAUGGGAUUACCUGUGUCUAGUCGCUAUGCUAGCUGGGUAGAGCUGGUGCUUAUCCACAUAACAUCACCCGGGACCUCUUUUGUUGGUCACCUGUCAGGGAUCCUGGUAGGUCUCCUCUACACCACCGGACCACUGAAGAAAAUCAUGAAGAAGUGUGCAGGGUUUGUGACAUCGAAUGGAUAUAACUCACAGCCCGGUGCCUACUACAGAUCUUCGGGCUACUCGGGCUACACUGACACUGGUAGAGGAUUCUCAGGAAACUAUCAGUAUGCACCAGGUUACACAGCAGAUGCAUCUUAUACAGGUGGACUGACAGAGGAGGAGCAGUUAGAGGAAGCCAUCAGGAACAGCCUGAAUGACAGAGGUCAAAGCCAGCAGAGAGGAGCCCCCCCUCCUUAUGGUUUCCACCUCUCCGAAGAUGCCAGAGCUGAGCAAAUCAGGCAAAUGAGACUGAGGAGGUUUGACAGAUGAAUGAAACAGCAGCAAGGAGGAAUAAUUUUUUACUGAAAAGUUCCAAAUACUGCAUCCACAAGCUGAGGAUGAUUGUCUUGAAUAAGAAGAUCCAAAAUCACAGCCUGACAUAUUUCAGAGGUCUUUGUUGUGUGGCGCUUUUUGUUAAGGUGGCACUAAAAUGAAUUAAUGUCACCUAUGAAAAAUGGCUGUGAUGCUUUAUAAGAGUUCAAAGGCUAAUGAGCAGUUUUUGAUCUGUCUGAUGACACUGAAGACAACUUUAGAUGCACGUUCAGUAGCAGAGAUUAAAGGUAAUAUUAGUUUUGAAGUAGGUAGCAGACACGGUAUUAAAAAUGCUGUUUAAUGCUGCUUUACGUCUAUACUUGGAUCAGAGAACUGCAACAAGUCUUACUUAAACACCACUAUAUUUACUCCAGUCGGCUAGUGUUCUUUUUUUCACACAAGCAAUAAAGACGAGACAAGGUUUUGUUUAAACGGCUUUAAAAUGUUUACUGCGAUGUUUCAGCAUAUGUUCAUCAACUUAGAGAUCCAACGACAAGACAAUAGAAUCAGAGCUAUUAUCCGUGUACUCCAAACUUCGGAAAGCCGUGAUUGUAAAUUCUAAGAGUCUGGAUGAUGAAAUCCACUGACAUCUGAAACAUAAUGUUGCAGGAGCUAUCCUGGAGGUGAGCAAGACUUCUGAUCUCAGUAAGCCUCUACUUAUAUUACUCAACUACAAAAGGCAAAAAUGAAGCUGGUAUUAAAUUUUAAAUUAUGUCUUUUUUUAAUUUCCCCUAAGAUCCCUUUAAAUUUUUAAAGGGCAGUAUUUUCAAGAAAGUUCAGCAGUGUAUGUAUGUCUAAGUAUAUGGGUGUGUAUGUGUAUAUACACACUAGAUGGUACACCCGUUUAUUUUUGAUUAUUUGUGUUCUUAUAGGUUGUUUAUUAAAAAAUAAAAUAUAUAUAAAAAAAAAGAAAGUUCAGCAAAAGAUAUGAACAAUGUGCUCAUGAUGCAUUCGCUCUUCAGUAAAAUUUACUGGUUCUGUCAUGUUUAAGUUCAAGUCAUUUAUCAUUAGAUUGCAAAAAUAUGCCACAUUGGGCCAAAAGUUUCUAAAUUCUUCUUGAUGUUUUUGCUAAAGUUUAUAAAUGUUAUAAAUGUUGCUUUUUGGUGCACAAAACAUCUGCUUUCAUGAAUGCUCAGUAUGUCUUUGCAGUCGUACAUUUAUUUACACAUACUGCUCAUUCACUCUUUUGAGUUGAAAUAAUCCGUGUAUACCUGCAAACCUACAGCCGAAUUACAUCAUGUAUACGCUAUUAAAUAUUUUUAUAGGAAAUCAAA